UUGUUCGUGGGCAGUCGUCGCCGCUGUUGUUGCCGCUGAAUUGCCGUCGUUGUUCCGUCGUUGUUGCGUUGUUGUUGCGCUGUUGCGUUCUUGCGUUCUUGCGUUUUAGCGUCGAUUGCUGAAUGAUCCGUCGCGGCCUCGACAGUGAUUCAAUUUGAUUUGAUCUGUUUCAGACUGAUUCGGAUCCGAUAUUGCGGAAUUUAAAAUCGUGUUUUACCCAAAAAAAUAUGCACAGCCAGAAAUCCAAGUGAUAAAAGAAAGCCGAAAUAGCGGGCUGCGGAGAAAGUGCAAACAAGUUGAGUGCCAGUGCUGAGUAAAGUGCCUCCGCGCCAGCUAAAAAGGAUUUACGCGCUCGAAAGUUCUUAACCAAAUCAUAAACGAACUGAACUGAAGUCAAGACAUUGAUUGAUACACAACUAUAGCUAUAGCUGAUCAACGCCAUCGGAUCGCUGCGAAGCCUCCUUUCCGUGCGCGCAUCCCCCAGAAAAGCCGUCAACAUUCUUGAUAAAGUGGCCUCGAUAGGCGCCAACACGCUUAAUUUCACGGACCUCGGGAGCCCCUACGAGGGGCCCCCCAGCACCCCCCAGUCCGGCAUGGACGCCCCCGACGCCCCCCACACGCCCAAGUACAUGGACGGCGGGAAUACGGCGGCCAGCGUCACGCCCGGCAUCAACAUUCCCGGAAAGUCCGCCUUCGUGGAGCUGCAGCAGCACGCCGCCGCCGGGUACGGCGGCAUUCGGAGCACCUAUCAGCAUUUCGGACCGCAGGGCGGCCAGGACUCCGGCUUUCCGAGUCCGCGCAGUGCCCUCGGCUACCCGUUCCCGCCCAUGCACCAGAACUCCUACUCCGGCUACCACCUGGGCAGCUACGCCCCGCCCUGCGCCAGUCCACCCAAGGAUGACUUUUCAAUCUCGGACAAAUGCGAGGACUCCGGCCUCCGCGUCAACGGCAAGGGCAAGAAGAUGCGCAAGCCCCGCACCAUCUACAGCUCGCUGCAGCUCCAGCAGCUCAACCGCCGCUUCCAGCGCACCCAAUACCUGGCCCUGCCCGAGCGGGCCGAGCUGGCGGCGAGUCUGGGCCUAACGCAAACGCAGGUGAAAAUCUGGUUCCAGAACCGGCGGUCCAAGUACAAAAAGAUGAUGAAGGCGGCCCAGGGUCCAGGCACCAACAGUGGCAUGCCUUUGGGCGGCGGAGGACCCAAUCCUGGCCAGCAUAGUCCCAAUCAAAUGCACAGCGGUGAGUUCGGCGGUAAUAACGGCGGUGGCUCGAAUAGCGGCUCACCCUCACAUUAUCUACCUCCCGGACACAGUCCAACGCCAUCGAGUACACCCGUGUCCGAGCUUUCACCUGAAUUCCCACCAACGGGCCUCAGUCCGCCAACGCAAGCGCCGUGGGACCAGAAACCGCACUGGAUCGACCACAAGCCGCCGCCCCAAAUGACGCCACAGCCACCUCAUCCCGCGGCAGCGCUACAUCCGCAGACGCACCACCACAACCCGCCGCCCCAGAUGGGUGGCUAUGUGCCCCAGUAUUGGUAUCAGCCCGAGACGAAUCCAUCACUAGUGACUGUUUGGCCGGCGGUCUAACAGCAUCCGAACCAGCUGCCCUCGGCUGCCUGGACGCAGCAGCACCAGCUGAACCAGCUGAAUCAGCUGAACCAGCAGCACCAGUCCCUCUACCAGCACUCCUGUCCCGAAGUGGGGAUGCAGAUGCACCAGCUGCAGCUGGAGCACCAGCAGCAGGCGGAGGCGGAGGCACAGGCACAGGCACAUGCCCAGCAGCAUCUCCUCCAGCGGCAGGACCUCGUCGGCGGGGUGCAGCACACAAUAUCUUAGCCAAUAAACCAUGAUAGCAACCUGUAAAAUAUCCAUGACAAUGACAAAUUGAGAAACGAAAGCAAGAAAUCUGGCAAGUUAAGCGUAAAGUUUUGUACAUUUUAAACGUAAUAUAUAAAUAUAUAUUUACCAACGUGAAUAAAGUCGUUCUAAAAUGUAGUCUAGCUAAGAACAAAAAAACACAAAUACAAAACAAAAACAAAAAUGAAAAUGAAAACAAAAAAAUACUUAAAAACAGAAAACAUUCCUCAAUCACAGAAGCAAGGAGAGAGUAUGAAACGUGUCCUUUAAUUUUGUUUAAUUUAGCGAAUUAACUAUGUAUAAAUCUAUCUAUAUAUGUAGUGAGCAACAACAACAAAGUAUGAAAACGUAUAAAAAGUACAUCAUAAAUAAAUGAAAUCAAACAAAAUGAAAAAAA